UUAUUAAUCACAGAAAAAGACAAAAAAAUGAUACUUUUGAGAUUUUUAUUUGAAUUUAUCUAUUUUUUCUGUGUCCGGCUUUCCGUGACGUAUUUUGCGCAUGCGCCAUAUAACAGUUUGAGAGAAUAACUAUUUGGUGACCACAGCAUUUUUGUUUUAUACACUAUAAGGUGUUUAAAUUUACACAUUUGACAUGGAGAAAAUGAGAUGCUGUUGGCCCUUAGUGUUCCUGCUGCUCAUACAGAAAGUGUCCUUGCAGGACAUUCAAGCUUAUGUAGGUGAAACCAUCACCUUACCAUGUUUAAACAGUGAUAAGGCCCUGCAGGGUGAAAUCACUGUGUUCUGGAGAUUCAGAGACACCAGCACUGUGUACGACAUCAUCAACAGCAGAGCAUCGUUUGAUGAGCAGGAAGCAUCAUUCAGAAACAGAGUUGAAGGUUUUCCAGCUGAGUGGACAAAAGGAAACUUCUCCAUCAGACUCAAGAAUGUGACGACGGCUGAUGGAGGAACGUACACCUGCUUCAUUCCUAACAUCAGCGCGCAAACAAAAGUGCAGCUGACUGUUAAAGAUCGUCCAGUCCCACCAACGGACAGUAACUCAAGAAACAGCGACGUCAGAAGAAGACCAGACCAUAUUUUACUUUUCUUUGCAUUUCUGCUGGGAUGCUCUCUGCUGUGCGCAUAAGCUUUGCAGGCAAACCUGUACUGUUUGAAGUACAAUCCUUUACGCCAACCCUGUCCACUUAUUGUUUAGCAUAUCUGUUAAAAGAGGAACAGGAAGUCUACAGAAUGCUUUGCUAAAUUUUGAAAAAGUAAAUUUACAGUUAAAUUGGAGUAAACCACAGAUCAGCUCAGAAAGAUCAGUCUGUUUUUCUGCAAUAGAACUUUGUGUGAUUCUCUCACUACAGGUCUGGCAUUCCAGUAGGUUUUUUCAUGUUUUACUGCACUUUAAACACUUACUGGCAGCGGUGGGGUUAAAAUGAGGGGCGGUGAGGAGGUGCUAGAAUUAUAUAUUCGUAUCGAUUUCACACAUAAAGAAAAGCUCAGUCUCCCUGUCUCUCCUGCACAUCAGCACCAGCCUGUUAUUAGUAUAAGAAACGGCUGAGCAGGAAACUGUUUAUUUAGAAUAAAGAGCCAGAUCGCAGGCAGGGUCAACUACUAUCGUUGGUUACACCUCCGCACCAUUUGAAGAGGUAGAUUAGUUUCACAGACAAUGAGAAUGAUAGUGAAAAUGAGGAUAAUAUUAUACUGACGCCAUCCAGUCAGUAGUGAGCUUAUACACAAAAUAUGCAACCAGAAUGCAUCUCUGCUGGCUUACUGACUGAUGAGCUUAGAUUAUGUAAUCGGAAAAGCAGUGCUAAUUUGAAGAGAGUGACCAAAUGGAGCUGCACAGUUCUGAAGGAAAUGCAAAUAUAUUUUCAUGAGAGCAGGUUAUCGAGAAGGUUAUGGUCAGGGUGGAAAAUUAACAUCAGCCUCCUCCCAAAUGUGUGCAGAUGUUUACAUCUGGCAGGUAGAUUUAAGACUUGAUGUAAGAUGGCCGUCUGCUUACUGUACUAACCUUCUAAAAUCCAUCAGUUCUGCCCUGUCUAAAGAUAUUCAACAGCAGUCGACAACAACAAAAGCACAGCCCCAUAAACUGUAAUAAUCAUCAGUGAUCAUCUUGAUCAGCCAAUGAGAAAACAUGCUGGCUAUUUCAAACAAUGCUAACUCUUUCAGUUACCACUGAUAGUUCUGCCUAAUUAGGGUAUAAUAGCUAGAAUUUAGCUAGAAAUUCCACUGGUUUUACAAAAUUUCUGUAUAAUUCAGUCAUUCAAAGAGGUUUUGUGUGAUCUGCGCCAUUCUAGAGGAACUCUUCAGAGCACUGAUGGAAACCAGACAUCUGAAAAGCUCCCUCACGAAAAGCUGUUAUAUAAAAAGGUUCCGAAUAUGCUGAAAGGUUUUCUUUUUUUCUCAAAAUUUUCCCCAAUUUCCCAAAAUUACAUAAAAAAAAACUUUUUCUCUGUUCAUUCUGGAUGGUAAAUAAAUUGGGCACAUUUGUAUUUGUAAACAUACAUCACUACCCUGGCAAAGAAACCUUCUCUACAAAAAAGUUUCUCUACAAUGAACAAUUCCAAACCACUUUGAAUGACUAAGUUAAACACUGAAUUAUGUAGGAAUUUUAAAACAGCGAUGGAAUUCUUCUUUUAAAGACCAGCUGAUACCAGUACUGGUUCCAAACUGAACAGAAGUCAAAAUGGAACGCAUAAAAAGGAGAUUAUAUAAUGAAAGGUAGCAAAAAGACAUUAAAAAUACUGUUGUUGGAUGGGCAGAAUGAGUUUAUGUAAAGCAGGGGUGUCCAAAGUCCGGCCUUAGGGCCCAAUGGGUGUUUAAUAAGUGGUCUGCCAGCCAGUACGUUGCAGUUCUUCCUUUUACCUGAUGGUGACAGUUGACCAGACCUGCAGUCUUAUUUAGUGAAUGACAUUUAGUCAAGACUACAGACAUAAAGCUCAAACUUAACACUGAAAACUGAUGAUUUUGGCGAGAUGGAAAAGUUCUUAUCAGAGCAAAUUCAGUAGUUCAGUAAAUAUUAACCCUAUAAGGUCGAACAAAAACUACACUGGGGCUACGCUGCGUUUAUUUGAUAUGUAAAGAACAUUAACUAACAAAACCAAACAUUUCUACAUGUUUGUUUAGUUUGUCUCACAAAUUAUAUUUAAACACCUGAAUAUGAUUAAUACAUCAGACAUGUUGCGUUCUUACUCUUAAACAGUUUAUUUAUUACAAGCGCUUAUUGAUCCAAACUGCUCUGAAUGAACAAUCCAACAGUAAAAGAAGCCCCUGCAUCUUUUAUACAGUGAUAGGAAACACAGUAGCUCACAGAAAGCCCAGAUUCUGCGUGCUGAUAUUUUGAAAACCUUAUAUUUUGAAUUAUUUGUGAAUAAUAUGUCGGCCCUCGGGUAUUUUAAUCUGGCCCUUUUUGAAAAAAGUUUGGACGCCCCUGAUGCAAAGGAUACAUGGCUAGUAAAACUGGCUUUCCCCAGACACCGGGAGGUGGACUGAGUAAUUAAUUUGCCGCCCUGGUUAAGCCGAAGCUGAACUCAUAUCUCUGGCGAAAUGUAAGAAAUUGUACAGUGUCCUUGGUAGUGUAGCGGUCAGUUAGUCUGGCAGGUUUCAGAGAGCAUGAUGAUGAUAAUGUAGGCAGGCUUUACGUACCAACAUCGCUGUAGAACGCAGAGGAAACUAACACUUCAGAACUCUUUCCUGUGUACAUAGUUUGUUUUUAGUAAUGCACGUCUAGAAUAGCCACUGUGUUCUAAAAGCAGUGCUGCUCUCAGAUCAGCUCAUCCAGUUUGCAGUGAUUUAUAAAUACGUCUCCACCCCGCUGUGCUCAGCCUUAGCAGCUUUAAUGAAGGGUUUUAAUUUCUGCAUUAGGGCUUAGAAGAACCAAUACUGAUUUUAAAGCAUCAUAUAUAUCGCUGCACUAAUAUUAGACUGCAGAGCUCUUUUGUGUACACUUUGUUUGCACUGUUAUUUAACUAUUUAUUUAUAUAUUUGUGUUUGUUCCAAAAGGGACAUAUAAACUGGAAUGCAUCAUCAGUUCCUCAGUUGCAACUUUGAAGAUAUCUUGGUAUUUCAGGUACUCCUGACUGACCUGCCACUCUGAUGCGUUAGGAUGUGCGAAAAUGGACUGGAAACCAAGUGAUCAGGUCGUCAUUUUAUCAGCUCCACUGACCAUAUAGGAGCACUGUAGUUCUACAGUUACAGACUGUAGUCCAUCUGUUUCUCUGCAUACUUUGUUACCCUGUUCUUCAAUGGUCAGGACCCCCACAGGACCACCACAGAGCAUUAUACACUCCUAUCUGGUAAACCUAGCUGUAGUGUUUAACAGAGUGAACCAUGAGCAUUACCACCACAACAACGUCAGUGUCACUACUAAGAAUGACCCACCACCCAAAUAGUGCCUGCUCUGUGAGGGUCCAUGGGGGUCCUGACCACUGAAGAA